AACUGAUUUUACCAUAACAGCGAGUCAGGAUGGGCACGUGAAAUUCUGGAAGAAGAAAGAGGAUGAAGGAGUGGAGUUUGUCAAGCACUUCCGCAGCCAUUUGGGAGUGGUCGAGUGUAUCUCCGUCAGUGCGGAGGGAGCGCUUUUCUGUUCUGUGGGUGAUGAUCAGGCCAUGAAAGUUUUUGAUGUUGUCAACUUCGACAUGAUCAACAUGCUCAAACUCGGGUAAA